UGCAAAUGAACUCACCAGUUGAAAUCAGCUUUCUAAAAUUUUGCCGGCCAGCUACGAACAGAAACUAAGGAUAACCUUUUCUAAAUCGAUUUCAAUUACUAACAUCAUCAAUAAUUUCGAUGUACAUACCAAUUGUGCGAUAGCACACUUGUGCCAGCUGACUGUGCUGACUCAUUAGAGUGCAUUGGAGUUACUGAGUCAGGACACCAAAAUUUACAGAGUUACCCACCCGUAGUGGCAAUUCGUCUAGAGAGAAAACAUCGAGAACAAUCGAGAUAUUUGAACAAUCGACUAAAACAUCUCGGACUCGCCCAUUACUAAGGUUGAGACAACUAAUUUAUAUCAGUGCUUUGUUUUAUAGGACGAUAUAAAAUUUCUGCAAAGUAUAACAAUGAGUGACAAGGAACUAGCAGCAGACACAAAAGAUUGCUAUGAACCAGUGGACAAUGCGUGGACCCUAAAAGUGCCCGAGUUUAAACCUGAGGACAAUCCAAGUGGCAUGAUAGAAGAGAGCUCAUUUGCUACUCUAUUUCCUAAGUAUAGAGAAAAAUAUCUCAAGGAAGUCUGGCCACUAGUGAAACAAUGUCUCUCAGACUAUCAUUUAAAAGCGGAACUAGAUCUGGUAGAGGGUAGUAUGGUUGUGAAAACUACUCGUAAAACUUGGGAUCCUUAUAUUAUCAUCAAGGCGCGGGAUGUGAUAAAAUUGAUGGCGCGCAGCGUUCCCUUCGAGCAAGCGCGUCGUGUUUUAAAAGAUGAAAUUGGCUGUGAUACCAUUAAAAUUGGAAAUUUAGUUCAUAAAAAGGAUAAGUUCGUGAAGCGCCGUCAACGCCUAAUUGGUCCCAAUGGAGCAACCCUUAAAUCAAUUGAAUUGCUUACUGAUUGCUAUAUUUUAGUGCAAGGCAAUAAUGUGGCAGCCUUAGGUUCUUACAUGGGUUUGCAACAAGUGCGUGACAUUGUAAUAGAUACAAUGAAAAAUG